UCAAGUAUUCAUUACCUUCAAUGAGUGUCCAGUCGUCAUCGUCCACACUUCGUAUUGUAGAGCCUGCCAUACAGAACUAUGCCUGGGGGAAGGUCGGCUCAGCGAGUAAAGUAGCACUUCUGGCCAAAGAGGGAGAUCACACAGGCUCCUUCAAGAUUGAUGAGAGCAAGCCUUAUGCCGAGCUGUGGAUGGGAGAUCAUCCCAAUGGUGUAUGCCAUAUGGCACAAGGUGGAGAGACUAUACAUGCCUGGUUCGCCACGGAGGAAGGCAGGGAAUUCCUUGGCAGUGUAAAGCAGUUGCCUUAUCUAUUCAAGGUUUUGUCUAUUCGACUUGCCUUGUCGAUUCAAUCUCAUCCGGACAAAGCGUUGGCCCAGAGGCUGCAUCGUGAGCGGCCUGAUUUGUACAAGGAUCCAAACCACAAGCCGGAAAUCGCCAUUGCUCUGACAAACUUCGUGGGCAUGUGCGGUUUCAGGCCAGUGUCGGAGAUAGCUGAUUUCUGCAAGAAGUUCCCCGAGUUGGGAAGCCUGUUGGGUGCUGAUAUAUGCAGACAGCUCGAGGGGAAUGUGCAGGGGGCGUUGAAGAGAGCUUAUUCUACUUUGAUGAGGGCCGAUGGUGAAGCUGUGACCAAAACGAUCGCGGCUUUGGUGUCACGCACACCUGCUGCUGGUGAUGAGGCCCACUCCCUGGCUAUUGAGCUGGACCGUCAGUUCCCUGGUGGAGAUGUUGGAGUCCUCUCGGUGUUCUUCCUCAAUAUUGUCCAUAUGGCCCCUGGACAAUGCCUCUACCUGAAGGCCAACACACCGCAUGCCUAUGUCUCGGGGGAUAUCAUGGAGUGUAUGGCCUGCAGUGACAACGUUAUCCGAGGUGGUCUCACUCCCAAGUACAAGGAUGUUGAGGUUUUACUGGAGUCGCUUGUCUUUGAAAGUCGACCGGCGAGCAUCUUGAAGCCCAGUGAGAUGGAGUGUGGCGCUAAGUGUGAGGCUAGGACUUACGCGCCUGAUGAUAUUGAUGACUUCGAGGUUGUCAAGGUUGAUGCGGCUGGUGAAGGGCAGUUGGUCCCUUCGAAGCAGUGCAUGUCGAUGGGUAUCAUAAUCAGUGGUGAAGGAACUAUCAAUGGCAUGCCUGUAUCACAAGGGGAAGUGGUUGCUAUUCGCGCUGGUGCUCAAAUUUCCAUCAUCCCGGAAGUCAACACUAAAAUGGAGGUGUUCAUUGGUGCCUGUGGCCGUAACUAUAGUGAUUGA